UUUGUUCAAUGUUUUCUUUUUAAUCUUUUUUUAAGCAAAUAAUGUCUGAUAUAGAAGACGAAAUUCUUGCACUCACUGGUGAUGUCGGUGAAAAUUCAAAACGUUCCGAACAAGCUUCUGAACCGGGUGGUUCACAGUCUGGAUCUGGUGAAGAAGAUACACGUACUUCUCAAAAAAGGAAGAGUAGAGGUUCAAGAUCUCCAUCGCCUGAAGACGAAUACUUUGAGGAUGGUGGUAAGGAUAAACGCCGAAGAGGUUCCCCUGGAGAAUAUGGGCCAGAUUUGUAUCAUGAUAGAAAUGAUAGAGAAAGAUUGGGAAACUUAAACGAACUUGCACGAGAAAGGAUCUUGGCUGACAGAGCCGAAAAGAAACAACACCACUUGGAUCUGCAUGCAGUCCAGCAGUUAUUUGAUCCAUUAGAUGAUAAAUCUAAGAGAUCUUCACGAGCGAAAAAGGCAAGCAAAAAAAAAUUUAAUGAAUUCAAACGUCGACGUGCAGAAAAGGAACAAAAAACAAAAUCUGGUUCUCAAAGUCCUGAACUUGAGCAUGCCUCAUCAUCAAAUGAUGAAUAUGAAGGGGAUGGCGAAAAAGAUAGUACUCAUGAAGAUAUUACACUGCAAGAAUUAAGAACCAUCCAAGUAUCCCGGCAUAUGCUUGUAAAUUGGAUGUUCGCUCCAUUCUUAGCUGACGCCAUAGUAGGAUGUUACGUUCGAUUGCAUAUUGGAGAUAGAGAAGAUAAACAAGUGUAUCGUUUGUGUGAGAUUGAAGGUGUCGAGGCUACAGAAAACAAAUAUUACGUUGACAAGACUAUUACAAAUAAAGUGCUCAAACUUAGACAUGCUGAUGCUGUUAAAUGCUGGCCUAUGGAUAUUGUAUCCAAUCAAUAUGUUGAUCAAUCCGAAUUUGAGCGUUGGUUAAUUACUAUGAAACAUCAUAAUAUGGAAUUGCCAUCGAAAGAACAUACUUCUCGCAAACAAGAAGAUUUAAAUAGGGCUAAAGAGUAUAUACUUACAGAAAAAGAUGUUGAAAAUAUUGUUCAACAAAAGAAAGCCCUACGCGGCGAAAAGAAAGAGUUGACGAUCGAAAAAUCAAAUUUAACAACUCUCAAAUAUUUUGCAGAGCUUAGAGGAGAUAUAAAGGAAGCUAAAGAGUUAGAUGCAAGGAUACAAGAGAUUAGCGAAGAACUUGAAUCAAAAUUUGCCGAACGUGAUCCAACUGAUGACGUUUGGGCACGUAUUAAUGCGAGAAACAAAAAGCAAAAUAAAGAGGAUGCCCGUGCAGCGGAGCAGCGCAAGAUUGAACUUGCCAAAGGAAUCAGAAAAUAUGUUCCUCAUGAGAUUAAGAAAGAGCCUAACGUCAAAAAGCCCAAAGGGGAAGGAUUUGAGGACAAUGACCGGACAGUUAGAAUGUGCGAGUUUAAGAAAUUAAUUUAUAUUUCCGAUAUUCCACUCAAUUUAAAGACAGAUCCCUAUUGGAAUUAUGGUGAGGAGAAUGAGAAAGUUGUAGCGGAAUAUUCCAUUAAAUAUUCGCAAUUCCGCGAAAAUAUUGAUUCUAAUCAAUCCCUAUCCUUUCGGGAUCUAAUGCAAAGAAAUCAAUCUGAACAAAUGAGCCUUCUAUCACAUAUGCUUUAGUGGAUUCUAAUUUAAAUGUUUUUAUAAUAUAAUUAUAAAAUUUACAAAUAAAUUAAUUGAUUUGCUCGAUUUAUAUAAACUUUAAAUACGAUCGGGUUUCAUUAUUAUUAAAAAAUCUAAAAUUUUGACAAAGUUCAAAAUGUAAAAGAAAAAUCACAUUUAUAACUUAUUUAUAUCGUUAGUUCACAUUCAAUAAUUUCAUUAGGGACAUUAGAAAAGAUGGAACCGCUUUUAUUAAUUUUAAUAUUAAAGGAUUUGAUUGUGAAGGAAAAUUGAAAAAGUUGAAAAGGAAAUAUUGGUUUUUACUUCAGAGUCAAAUAAAAAAAUUUUUUGGAUUUUGGUAAAGAACCUAGUACUGUCAUCUUAUUU